AUGGACAUCUCUCGGCAGACGAGGUCGCUCCUGAAGGAUGCGACUGUUUUGGACCAUCUGCCCGCCGAACUACUCGGAAUUAUCACCAGCCAAGCGGCGAAGCUGGAUGCAGUUUCGGAAGCAGCCUUGCUGCCACCGCUCACAGAACGAAUUUUCGCUCAUUUCGAAGAAGCCUUUCCUGAUAUUUGCGUGCGAUGGAUUGUCAACUCCCAAUUGAGCGAACAGCGCCGCCUGAUCACGUCCUCAGCUCUCGCUAGGAUAUUGCCUUUCGCUCCAUACCUGGCCACUUUUCUGGAUCAGCCACAGAAUCACACAAGCACUGGUGAUGGCCCUUCUCGAAUAUCCUUGUCACUAGCCGAAUUUUCACACCUGGCAAGCUCUUCCGACAACGAGGCCUUAUUACAGCACCUCGUCACGGUAUGGCGACUGGUGAAUUUUGAUCUGAGAAGGUUUAGGCAUACCUUCUCGCCUGCGCAGGCCCAGAACCUCUUCACACACGAUAGCAGAGCUGUUAGGUACCUAGCUAUCCGCAUCUACUGUCUUCUCCUUCGGGUCGCCGAUUACAAACUCGAAGCGCUAGUCAGGCAACACGUUGGUCUGGAAGAGGCUGUCAAGGGCAAUCUUGAUGGGAAAGUGGUUGAUUUAGGAUUCUUGACGCUCCACGAACAUGCGCGAGUCGAGCGAACCCUCAAGCUGCGAGACGAAGCACGCUCACAGAAGGCGGACGUCACAGAUGAACAGCUUUCCCAGACAUUGACGCCCUAUGUGGUUCCCUAUGGCAAGGCACUUUUGCCUAGACCUGGAGGCCCUACCAACGCCCCGUCCAGUACGGUGCCGACGGCGACGACGAUAGGGAACCUCGAGCAGCUCGCCCGCCUGUUGCAGGCAGAGGAUCCCAUCCUGCUGCACGGACUACCUGGAUCAGGAAAGACCCUCCUGAUUCACGAGGUCGCGAAAGAGCUUGGAAUGUACUCAGGGAUGGUCACGUUGCAUUUGAACGAGCAAACGGAUGCCAAGAUGCUUGUCGGGCUCUACUCUACUGAUUCGAAACCCGGCAGCUUUUCGUGGCGACCAGGCGUGCUGACUACGGCCGUGAAGGAAGGGAGAUGGGUAUUGGUAGAGGAUCUGGACCGGGCACCGACAGAAGUUCUGAGUACCCUCCUACCCCUGAUCGAAAGGCGGGAGUUGUUGAUUCCCAGUCGCGGCGAAAGAAUACGGGCUGCCAGUUCGUUCCGUCUCUUCGCGACUCUCAGGACCUCUCGUGGGAUGAACGGCCGGGAGAAUUUACCGACCAUCGUCGGUAUGCGCUUCUGGCAAGCGAUGCACACCUCCCCCUUGACGGAACCCGAGAUGGAAGAGGUGGUGUUGAAAACAUACCCCGUGCUUCACAAGUUCGUUCCCGGAAUUCUGGCAGUCUACAGUCGACUUUGUCGAUUGAGCCGGUCCUCAGGGAACGGCCUUGCGUUGACGGAUCGUCCCAUGAACCUGCGAGACUUACUCAAGUGGUGCCGACGAUUGCACGAAUGCCUCACGGGCGCCGGAACCAAAUCAGGCGAGGAGCCCAUUACAGAGACCACAAGGGACUGGAUGUUUAUGGAGGCUCUCGAUUGCUUUGCCGGCAGCUGUCCGGAUCCAGCCAUGAGCGCGAAUAUCUCGCAAGCCAUCGCUGAGGAGAUGCAUAUUGGAAAAGAGAGGGCAGAGCAUUACCUCACCGGAUACAUCCCCUCUCUUGAAGAGAAUGAGUCCUCCUUCAACAUUGGGCGGACCCGACUGCGAAAGCAGAAGCUAGCCAGCCGUCUGCGGAAGUCAAAGAGGCCAUUUGCCAGCACGGCACAUGCCAAGAAACUCCUUGAGCAGAUUGCCACAGCCGUGAACCUGAGCGAGCCAGUCCUGCUUGUUGGCGAAACUGGCAUUGGUAAAACGACAGUGGUACAGCAACUAGCAGAUUCUCUGGGCCACAAGCUCAACGCGGUCAACUUGUCGCAGCAGAGUGAAGUGGGAGAUCUGCUUGGUGGGUUCAAGCCGGUCAACGUCAGGACUCUGGCUGUGCCUCUCAAAGAGGACUUUGAAGAUCUUUUCGCGGCCACCGGUAUCUCUGCGUCGAAGAAUGAAAGAUAUCUCGACAGGAUAGGCAAGUAUUUUGCCAGGGGUGAGUGGGCAAAGGUCUCCAAACUCUGGAAAGAGGCCCCCGUCAUGUUUUCGCAGAUCUUGAAGCAGCUUGAGAAGGCACAAGCGCAGCAAGACGAGGCUCGAGACACCGACGAGCAGCAACCAGCCAAGCGGCGGAAGACGCAGUCCAAACUCCAGAGCUUGCUGGACUUGCGGCCAAGAUGGCAGGCGUUCUCUCAGAAGCUUGAGCAGUUUGAUGUCCAGAUCUCAGGCGGCGCCGACAGUUUUGCCUUUUCUUUCAUGGAGGGCAACCUGGUCAAAGCUGUGCGCAAUGGAGACUGGGUCCUCUUGGAUGAGAUCAAUCUGGCCUCUCCCGACACCUUGGAGAGUAUCGCCGAUCUCUUGACAGGCCCUGCGGAGCGCCCGACCCUCCUUCUUUCAGAAACCGGAGAGAUCGAGAAGAUUGUGGCACACCCCAACUUCCGCAUCUUUGGUGCCAUGAAUCCUGCCACCGACAUUGGGAAGCGCGAUUUGCCAACCGGCAUCAGGUCGAGGUUCACUGAACUCUACGUUCGCAGCCCGGAUACGGAUCUGAAGGACCUCCUCACAAUCAUCAAAACAUACCUCGGCAGCAGUAGCUCCAAACAUGAUGAUGCGGCCGUCAGCAUUGCGAAUCUCUAUCUCGAUACCAAGAAGAUGGCCGACGAUCGACGUUUGGUGGACGGUGCGAAUGAGGUGCCACACUUCAGUCUACGAACAUUGACUCGAGUCUUGAGCUAUGUCAACAACAUUGCCCCCUUGUACGGCCUGCGGAGGGCCCUGUACGAGGGCUUCUCGAUGGGCUUCUUGACUCUGCUAGACCGCAAUUCGGAAGAUUUGCUUCAGCCCCUGAUUCGUCGUCACCUCUUCAGCGACCAGAACAACUUCCAGUCACUCCUGUCUCAGCCGCCCAAGCACCCAGAUGACGGAAAGCAGUACGUCAAGUUCAAGAACAAGAAGGGCGACCGUCACUACUGGCUAUUUCAGGGCGCCGAGCCGGUGCAUGAGAGGAACGACUACAUCAUCACACCAUAUGUCGAGCGCAACUUGCUGAAUCUCGUGCGCGCAACAUCAACGCGCCGAUUCCCUAUUCUCAUUCAAGGCCCGACAUCGGCCGGUAAAACCAGUAUGAUUGAAUAUCUGGCCAACUACACCGGAAACAAGUUUGUGCGCAUCAACAACCACGAGCACACGGACCUCCAAGAGUACUUGGGAACAUAUGUCUCGGCGGCGGAUGGCAAGCUACGGUUCCAAGAAGGUCUGCUGGUGCAGGCCAUGAGGCAGGGCCACUGGAUCGUACUCGAUGAGCUCAACUUGGCGCCUACCGAUGUUCUUGAAGCGUUGAACCGACUGCUUGACGACAAUCGAGAGCUCCUUAUCCCCGAAACCCAGGAAGUCGUAAGGCCGCACGAGAACUUCAUUCUUUUUGCUACCCAGAACCCCCCAGGCCUUUACGGUGGACGCAAAGUGCUCUCGCGAGCUUUCCGCAACCGUUUCCUGGAACUUCAUUUUGACGAUAUCCCCGAGGACGAGUUGGAGACUAUUCUGAGAGAACGUAGCCGCAACACUUCGCCCCCCGACUGCAAGCGCAUUGUCGAAGUGUACCAGAAGCUUUCCAAGUUGCGCCAGACGAAUCGACUUUUUGAGCAAAAAGACAGCUUUGCAACUCUACGUGACCUUUUCCGCUGGGCUCUUCGGGAAGGCGACAACCGGCAACAAAUCGCAGAGCAUGGUUUCAUGCUGCUGGCUGAGAGAGUGCGUGAUGAGGAAGAAAGACUCGCCGUCAAGAAAGUGAUCGAGGAAGUCUUCAAGGCCAAGAUCGACCUCGAGCAGAUCUACUCUGCCGAGUCAGCACCGGAGUUGAGAGGUCAUUCGAGGAAAGACAAUAGCCAGGGGGUGGUCUGGACUCACGCUAUGCGUCGUUUGUAUGUUCUUGUUGCGCGAGCACUCAAGAACAAUGAGCCUGUCCUCCUGGUCGGCGAGACUGGCUGUGGAAAGACGACUGUCUGUCAACUUUUAGCCGAAGCCCUUCACAAGGAGCUGCACAUUGUCAACGCCCACCAGAACACGGAAACUGGCGAUCUGAUCGGCUCGCAACGCCCCAUUCGCAACCGAGCAUCUAUUGCGGAAGCAUUGGAUGUCGACGUUAAACGUGCGUUGCAGCUACUAGGCUGUGAUGUAGGCGAAUCGCCGGAGGACAGGCUGCAACGAUACAAAUCCUUCAGCGGUGAGGCGCUCAACGUCGUGCCUCAAGAUCUCCAGCAGCAGAUCACCAUCAAUGAGACGCGCAGUAAGGCCUUGUUUGAGUGGUCUGACGGUGCUCUCGUCGAGUCCAUGCGACAAGGACAGUUUUUCCUGCUCGACGAGAUCUCCCUCGCGGACGACUCGGUGCUGGAGCGUCUUAACUCUGUUCUAGAGCCUCAGCGGACCCUGCUGCUAGCCGAGAAGGGAAUCGAUAACUCUUUCGUCAAAGCCGCUGAAGGUUUCCAGAUGUUUGCCACCAUGAAUCCGGGAGGUGACUUUGGCAAAAAGGAGUUGUCGCCGGCGUUGCGCAACCGCUUCACGGAGAUUUGGGUGCCACCUUUGUCCGACAACGGCGACAUCAAUGACAUUGUGAGGACGAAGCUGCAGGAUGGCAGCAAAGAUUUGGUCGAGGUUAUCGUUGCAUUCGCCACGUGGAUUGGCGAGAACUUCCGCUCAAUGUCUUCUACGCGAUUUUCCAUCCGAGAGAUCCUGGUGUGGGUUCAGUUCGUCAACAACUUUGCAUCGAGGAACAAGCUUGCGGCCCUGGUACACGGCGCUGCUACCAUCUUUAUUGAUAGCAUUGGCGCCAACCCGUCUGCAAUCUUGGCCGGAGAUGGUGAAACUGUGCCUCACCAAAGGGCCAAGUGUCUACGCAAGCUCAGUGAACUCACUGGCCAGGAUGUCUCUGCAAUCUACCAGCUCGAGCCCACGUUGACCAUGGACGAUCGGUCGCUCACAAUCGGCGACUUUUCCGUUUCCAGAACCUCGACUGCGUCCGCGGAUCCUGGAUUCGCAUUCCAUGCACCCACGACAAGACUCAAUGGCAUGCGUGUUCUACGCGCGAUGCAAAUGCAGAAGCCCAUUCUCCUCGAGGGCAACCCAGGCGUUGGCAAGACUACCCUUGUCGCUGCACUGGCGCGCGCUUGCGGGGAGCCUUUGACGAGGAUCAAUCUUUCGGACCAGACAGAUCUGAUGGACCUUUUCGGUACAGAUGUGCCAGUCGAGGGUGCUGAAGCAGGUAACUUUGCGUGGCGAGAUGCUCCGUUCCUGCAAGCUAUGCAGAAAGGAGAGUGGGUUCUCCUCGAUGAGAUGAAUCUGGCAUCGCAAUCAGUCCUCGAGGGGUUGAAUGCGUGCUUGGAUCACCGUGGAGAGGUCUACAUCUCCGAACUGGACCAAGUGUUCAAGAGACACCCCAACUUCCGCCUUUUCGCUGCUCAAAACCCUCAUAAUCAAGGCGGUGGCCGCAAGGGUCUCCCAAGCUCCUUUGUCAAUCGAUUUGUGGUUGUCUACGCAGACGUGUUCUCUGACGAGGAUCUCCUCCUGAUCGCGUCGCACAAUUUCCCCAAUGUGGCCCCUGAGGUGAUCACACAUCUGAUCCAGUUCAUUUCCAGAAUGGAACAAGCGACAACAAUCGAAAAAUCCUUCGGUGCUCAAGGCGGGCCUUGGGAAUUCAACUUGCGAGAUGUACUGAGGUGGCUGCACCUGCUCAACUCGUCGGACGACAUCCUGCAAGGUGCUCGCAUUGACGAUUUCCUGAAUCUCAUUGUGCGCCAGCGCUUUCGGUCCGAGCGAGAUCGUGACGAGGUCAACAAGCUGUUCUCGCAGGUCACUGGAGUCGAGCCUCGCGGACACAGUCUCUACCACGAUGUCAGCUCAUUGCACGGCCAGGUCGGCAUGGCCCUGUUGCAGAGGAACCUCCAUCGCCAGCCUGAACGCCUCCCUGGCAUUGAUACCAAACCACGCCUGCCGGACCUCGAGACGCUCAUGAUCUGCGUCAAGAAAAACAUUCCAUGUAUCCUGAGCAGCCCUUCGGGCUAUGGCAAAACAGUGCUUCUGGAGCACGUCGCCGCCCUGGCGGGCAGGUCAUUAGUCGUGUUCCCAAUGAAUGCUGACAUCGACACCAUGGACCUAGUCGGCGGUUUCGAACAAGCCGAUCCUUUCCGAGAAGUCAACGCUAUGUUUGUUAACCUGAAGGAAAUGCUGCAAGAGGCUGCUGCGUCCUGCAUCCCAGACGCAUUCCCUGACGCUGCCCUUGAGUUGCUGCACCUGUUGGACAACUACGACGGGGACGUGAACAAGGUGCACUCAAUCCAAUCUUCGAUCGAGCAGCUGGCGGCUACGACACCUGAAAAGUCCCAAAUCAAUCAUGUCUUGCGCGUAGCUAUCGAGCUAUUGAAAGGACCACUCAAGCUAGCCAACCCGCGAUUCGAAUGGCUCGAUGGUGUCAUUGUCAAGGCACUGCAGCAAGGACAGUGGCUGGUCCUUGAUAAUGCCAACAUGUGCAACGCCUCCGUCCUCGACAGGCUCAACUCACUGCUGGAGCCUAAUGGCUUCCUCAGCAUCAACGAACAUUGUGAACCUGGCGGUGAGCCCCGCGUGGUCAAGCCGCAUCCUGAUUUCAGGAUCUUCCUGACUGUGGACCCUCGAUACGGCGAGCUUUCACGAGCAAUGAGGAAUCGUGCCGUUGAGAUCUAUAUCCAUACCCCACCGCCAGUCGUGGACUCGUGCUUUGACAGGGUGGCUCAAGUCGAGGGUGGAUUGCACAGACUGCAUCAAGUCGAGAAGACAACACCGGGGGUCAAGACAGUGGCCAGGGAUCUCUUGUCAAUUGGCGAUCUGGCUAUGCUCCAGAGGUUUGCCGACGACCAGAACGCUGAAAUAAACGGUAUCGAUCAUCCCGAGAAAGACGCGCGCGGGACCGGGACAUCGACUCAGGAGAACAUCGUCGACAUCCUGGAGUAUUUGGGUACCGAGACUGGCAACCAUGACCUUCAGGCAGCCUCUCGUUUGUACGAGGGUCUGUCCCCAGAGACGGUGUCUGUACUUCGGUUCCACCAACCAAUCCAUCCCCAGUUGAACAUGCCUGUCACUCAACGUGUGCCUGACGUACAGGUGGCAGCUUGGGUGGGUGUGCGUUAUGAGUUCAACCAGUGGGUGCACCGCAUGUUCAAAGCUCUAGACAACUAUAGUCGCUCAGCGCAAGGCGCUAAAUUGGCUCACUUGAACCGCCUCGAAAGGUCCCUCCUCAAGGACCGGGUAGCCGCCGUUUCCAAGGACUCGACUGCCAAUCUUGCCGACUUUUUGCGCUCUCUUCUCAACGCCCUCGUUGCACACCUUGGCAAAGCCACUACUGUCAGCUCAUGGAAGGAAGUUGCCGCACUCCUGCACCUCUUUGAGCGCUACAUUCAUCGCACAAUGGCCUUGUCGACUGCUGCCUUCUUCGAUGAAGCGAAAUUCCAGGCACAUUUGGCGCACGGUGCCGAUUUGUUCCAGAGCAGACUAAACCAAGAUCACAACGGUGUCGUCUUAGCGUCCUCGGAGGAUAUCCAGCGAAGGCUCCUGGAGGACGUCUCGGAGAAAUUGAAUCGUGCGUUCACCACAGGCUUCAAGCUGUCAACUGGCCUGAGUAUGGAAGUUCUGUGGCAGUGGCUGCGUCCUACGCCGUUCAGAAAUGAGGCGUCGCUGCGCAAUGCGGUCGAGCUCUUCAAGCUGGCUGCGAGAUUCGACGAUAUUCGAUGGAGGACGAGUGCUUCGGUCGCUGACCUUGCCAACGCCUCAGCGGAUCUGGCCAGAGCUUACACCGUCGUGAAGAACUCUGAGGCUUCUACCGACGAGCUUGUUAAAGGCCUCACUGAUGUUGUCGAGAAGGAGGAAACCCGUAUUGGUGUUGAUGCGCUUGAGCUCCAGCCUUACUUCAUGAACGAGUUCGAAGCCAUCCGACAGAUGCUUCUCCUUGAGACUAUCAAAGAGAACCGUCCAGGAGCGACACAGGACCGCGAGCUGCUGAUCCUCUCCAAUGCCUCUUCUCAGUCGGGUAUGGUGUUGGCUGAUGCUGGUCCUACAAGCUCCUUGUUGCAGACACUUGACUCCUUGGCUACCCAGCAGAAGCACGUCUGGGAUGGCAAGUUCACCACUUCGCUCUGGGCGCGCCUCAAGGGCCUUGACAAUGUCAAUCUCCGCUCUUUGGCGAUGCUUGAGGUGGAGAUACCGAUUCUGGGACACCAUCUGACCAGUGCUGACGUUGUAUCCGAUCCUAUCAUCGCUUUGAACGAUGCUCUUCUAGGGCUUUUGCUUCAAGUCUUUGAGGCCCACGCAUCAAAUUUCAGAGUUGCCGCCCGACAGAUCCAUGCUCAUCUUGCGACGGCACUUGCACAAGGAAGGGCAUCGCCACUUGAGUUACUCUCAGACCCUACCUUGGGCGAAUUCCUUGAUUCUGUGGAGCCGCCGCACCUGAGAACUAUCUCAGCAACCUACCUUGUACCUGCUAUGAUAGCGACUGUCGUGAGCAACGAAUCAAAGACUCGCCGGGCGUACUUCUCAGCCUUGGCUUGGGUGUACUUCAGCGUGGGACUAAUUAGCCUCUAUGUACCUGAUCGUGCUUUUGAUCCCCAGAUCCGCCCACAAAUGGAGAGAGAGUUCUUUGAGGAUAUGCAGGAAAGCUUGCAACAGAACAUCGAAACAUUGAAGUCAUUCGAGUUGGAAUUCACAGGCCAAGACAGCAGUGUGCGCAUUGAGAGAUUGCACGAGGAGCUUGAGCAGAUGGGUCCCCUUCCGCCCGCUGUGCAGCCUGUCUACAGACCAGCCAACCCAUCCGAGCUUAACAGAAUGCAUGCAGAGUUCUCCAACAUUCUGAAGGCCGCCGGCAGCCUCGACCUUCCGACUGGCACAGACUCCUUGUCUCUGCCUGAGGACUACUCACUUGCCCCUGACCGCCUGCACCUUGUCCGAGAGAAUGUGCAACGGCUCGUUGGGCGAUUGGACAGCCGAUAUGAAGCUUACCAAGAUAUGACGGUACCUACAGUCAGCUUGUUGAGAAGUCUCCUGGUUGGACUAUCACUAUGCGAGGCUACCUUGGCACAGACCGCGACAGACGCCACAUCCGAAUUGCUCCAGGCUUCGCCCUUCUUUGGCAGCGUCGGACAGUCAGGUAUCAAAAGGCUUGAGCUAGUCCGUGGGUUUGACUUGCUACACUACAUGGGGCUCGUUGUAUCCACACAGGGGAUUGACAGUCUUGAGUCUGACCAGCGCCAAUCAAUCUUCGAAUGUUUCCAUUCGUUCUACGAUGAGUGGAGCACGAAGCUGGAAGCCGACAAGAAAGCUGAGGCCGCCAACACGAGUCUGUAUCGCUUCCAGGGUGGUCUCGAGGACGAGGAAGAAGUAGACGAGGCUGAAUUCCACGACCUUUUCCCUGGGUACGAGGAAGAAGGCGCUCGAGUCACCGUCACCAAGAAGAGCGACCAGGUGCGCGAUACCUCGAUCAAGGUGGCCAAAGCCCACAGCAAGAUUUUCACUGCGCCGGCUCAGCCGCAGGAAGCAAUGUCGACCUUGACCGAGUCUGUGGCGCAACGCGUAUCGGACGAGAUGGCAGAGCAUGCUUACGUUGAUCGCACCAUCAACAGCAAGAUGCUUGCCGCCAAUCUACUGUUGUUCGACGAGAAGAAGACCAGAGUUGCUGCUCCUCAGGCCGGCUCGUCCUACAAUUUCUAUACAAGCGAGAACUUGGGCGAGGCGCGACGUUUGGUGUCUCUCGCGCAUAAAGUCAAGGCGCGCUUCCGUGAUUUGCAGUUUGUCGAUGAGAUUGGACACAUGCAGCCGCUGGCCGAUGUCAUCAUGGCCUGUGACAAGUUGUUAGAUGUCACACACACAGAGGCUCUCGCCGCCAUCUUGCCCAAGGUUGAGUACCUCCACGCGUUUGUGUACGAGUGGCAAUUUGGAGGCUGGGCCAGCAGAACGCACGCCGUGCCCGAGUUGCACGACGCGCUGACAAAGGUCAUCAUCGACUGGCGCAAGCUCGAAUUGUCGACGUGGGCCAAGUUGUUCGACACGGAACAGCAGAAAUGCCAAGACGACGCAUACGCCUGGUGGUUCGUUGCCUACCAGGUGGUCAUCGCUGUGCCGUUGUCGCUCGUCGAAUCCCCAACUGAGCUCCGCGAGUAUGCCGUGGAGUUGGUCAAGAACCUAGAGUUGUACUUCUCGACUUCUAUUGUCGGCCAGUUCGGCGCUCGUCUUGCCUUGUUGCGUCAGCUGUGCAGCCAUCUCUGCCAGCUGGUCAAGGACUACCCGUCUUUGGACAUUAUUCACACUUCUGUGACUAACUUUAUCGACUUCUUUGCUCGCUAUGAGGCCACUGCUAUCGAGGCCAUCAAGCAAGGGCGAGCCCCUAUCGAGAAGAAGAUGAAGGAUGUGGUACUGCUGGCGAGUUGGAAAGACACCAACAUCAACGCGCUUCGGGAGAGCGCUCGCAAGUCUCACCAGAAACUCUUCCGCCUGGUCAGGAAGUUCCGCGGUGUCCUUGGCCAAGAGAUGCGCGCCAUCACCUCACGAGGGUUGCCUGACCAAGAAGUGUCAAAUGCUCAGGUCCCGACGCCUACGCCAAGUUCAGGGCUGCCCCAUGACAUCGUCACUGCGCAGCUAUCAAAGAUCUGUGCGGACUGGAUGAACCAGAACAGGCGCGUGGCAAAUGCAGCAAAGACAGUAUCCAUCAUGUCGCGGCUGACUUCCAAGGCUGAGAUGAGCACAAGCAUGCCAUCGACGUUGGACAGCUUCGUUUCCAGCCUGAACGACUCCAUGGCGGAACUUCGCAAGGAAACGCCCCAGUACCUGAACGACGAGAACAAGAACCAGGUCAAGUACCUCAAGACCCGCAAGAGGAAGUUGUUUGCAGACACUCUAAAGGAGCUGAGGCAGAUGGGCAUUCGACACAAUCUGCCCCAAGAUCGCCUAGCAGAACAAGACUCCCUCGCCGUGGCCCUUGCUGGCACCGCGCCGAUUUCACAACACCACGCGGGUGUCGCGGAUGCCGCGCAAUACUACUUCCACAAAGUGCUCGACCAGGCGCCAACAGUGCGAAGCAUGCUCCAGACGCAUUCCGAGGAGCUGACGCCUGCUGAGAUCGCCAGGGGCGUUGGAUUUGUCGAAGGCUUCAUCCACUUGCUCCUCAAUCAACGUCGCAACCUGACCAACUCGGUAGCAGCAUUGGGCGAACUUCAGGCUGCAUCAAGACAGCUCAAGGCUCUGGGCGACGUCAAGGCCCACCAAGGCUUGAACCGUGUCGGAGCCGGCAGUAACUGGGCUCAACUGCUACCAUGGCUGGUUCAAAUCAUUGACUUUGCCGCACGCUUGAUUCAGACGCACGCAAAGCUAGGCCAGACCGAGUACGCGGACAUCAUCAGGCAGUUCCAGCUGUGGUCGAACAAGUUUGGUGAUCGGCUGCGAACGUACGAAUCGCUGGGCCCGCUGCCCGAGCUCGUCACUUCCACUGCGCUAGCUGAUCUUGAGACGGGCAUCGAGGCUGACUUGCAGCUGCUGGGCGAUUUCCUCACGCAGGUCACCGACAAAUACCCAAGGCUGAGCUUCAUUGUGGACCAGGUUCGACAGUGGGCUCAGCUUGAGACAUCGCCGUCCACCACAUCGGGUGCAUCGCUUCGCUAUGUCGACUUUGCCAAUGGUGCUUCACAGUUAUGCGACAAGGUACUCGUGGCCGUGGAGGCUGGUGUCAAGGCCAGCAAGGAUACUGUCCAGGAGGAAGACAGUGCUGGCUGGCUGGUCAACCACGACAAGGCGUUCGCGCUCAUGAUCAAGCAGCUACGCAUGAAGCAGGUCACAGCCAACAUCCUCGAAUGCGUGCGCUCUGUACAAGACGUGGAUCUCGAAGCGCCCGAAGCCAGCACGGUGGUCAUGGGCGUGGCGAGCCUCGCCGCACCAAUUGUUGACCAGUUCACUCUUGCGUGCGAACAGUCCGUCGGCAGGCUUCUUGACAUCCACCGAGCCACAGCCCACAUGGCCUACAAUCUGACCAAGACGUUCUCGCAGAUUGCGGCCCAGGGCUUCUGCACGCCCCAGGAAAAGUCCGAAGAGACGUCUGAACAAAGCGGCAAGCUUGAGUCAGGCACUGGUCUCGGAGACGGCCAGGGUGCGGAGGAUAUCAGCAAGGACAUUCAAGACGAUGAAGACCUCACGGAGCUCGCGCAAGAGCCAAACAAGGAAGACAACGGAGAUAUCGAGGACGAGAAGGAUGCUGUUGACAUGGCUGAUGAAGAAUUGGAGGGCCAAAUGAAUGAUGCCGAGACGAAAGACGACGAGGAAGGUUCCAACAAGGGCGAUGAAGAAGAGGAGGAGAAUGACAUGGACGAGGAGGCUGGCGAGGUGGACGACCUUGAUCAAAACGCAGUGGACGAGAAGACUUGGGACGGCGAUGAUGAGGACAAGGCCGACAAGGAACAGCAGGGAGAGAAGGCCAAGGGGCAAAAGCAGCAGGAUGAUCAGCAGUUGGCGAACGAGGACCAAGCAAAGAAGAAGGAGGAGGACCCACAGGAUGCAGAGCAAGACGAGCCUGCAGAUGAGCCAAAUGCCGAGGAUGCAGAGGCUGAGCAGGAAGACGUCAAGGCGCAGGACGACCUCAAUAAGCAGGACCAGACUGCAGAGGAUGCGGAUGCCCUUAACAUGCCGGACGACAUGGAUCUCGACUUUGACGACAAGGAAGAGCUCUCGUCCGACAGCGAUGAUCUGGAUGACCUGCCUGAUGCUGAGGAGGCAAACGAACCUGAGGAAGAAGGGAAAAUGGAGGAGGACGAGGGUGAGGAGGUUGGCGACAACGCUGCAGCGCCACAAGACGCAGCCGAAGACCAGGAUGGGGCGGAGAAUGAAGAACCGGAAGAGGAGGAAGAAGCGCCCAUGGGUGAGGAUGAGGUCGAUGAAGACGCGAAGCCAGAAGAGCAGGAGAACGAACCAGAGGAGGCUUCCAAGGACGACGCCCCUCCACCUCAAGACACAGCCAUGGCGGACAAGGACAAUGUUGCGCCAAGCGAGGUCAAGAGCUCAGGACAAGACCAGUCGGGCGACGCGAUGGACAUGGACGAUGAGUUCCAAGACAACGCGGCCAAGCAAGACGAUGGCGAGCUCGGACAAGGUGCAGCAGAUCAGGAGGCUACGGCUGGCGAGAAGGGCGAAAUGUCACGCGCCAACGAUCCCAAAGAGAACGAGCGACAGGACCAGAAGGAUUCGGACAAGGACGAUGCCGCGGCCAGUAACCCGUUCAAGAAGAUGGGCGACGAUCUCGAGGAAUUCCACCGGCAGCAGGACGACAUCAAAGCCGCCAAGAGUGAAGAGGAGGCCGAGGCCAAGCAGCAGCCCGACGCUGACCAGAGCCGCCGCGAAUUCCAGCACCUCCAGCACGACGACGCAGCUGCCGACGCGCAAGCCAUGGGCGCAGCCAACGAGGACGAGGUGCAGCCUAUUGACGAGUCCAUGGCCAUUGACGAGGAAAAGCGAGACCCCGAGAGCCGAGUGAUGGAAGAAGACAAGGACAAGGCUGCUCCCGAGGUGCCCGAUGAAUCUCAGCAGCAGGAGUCGAUGCAAGCCCAGGACAAAGAGAAGGACGCCAAGGACCAGGAUGAUGGUCGCUCCGGCGUCAAGACACACCAGGGCAAUUACAACCGGGAGCAGACCUCCGACUCGGACGACGAGGAGGACGUCCACAUGGGCGAGGGCGCCAAGGACGAGGAUGUGGAGGAAACCUCGACGCAGCUGUCGGCGACGCACAUUAGCAGCGACCGGGAGCUGCGCGACUUUGGCGAGUGCAUGCAGCAAUGGGUCGAGUUCCAGUCGAGGACGCACGCCAUGUCACUGUCCCUGACGUCGCAGCUGCGGCUCAUCCUGACACCAUCGCAAUCCACUAAGCUGUCGGGCUCGUUCCGCACGGGCAAGCGGCUCAACAUCAAGCGCAUCAUCCCGUACAUCGCCUCAAGCUACAAGCGCGACAAGAUCUGGAUGCGACGCAGCGUGCCGACGAAGCGCACGUAUCAGAUCAUGCUCUGCGUCGACGACAGCAAGAGCAUGGGCGAGGCCGGCUCGGGCACGUUGGCGAUGGAGUCCCUGGUCAUGGUGUCGCGGUCGCUGACGAUGCUCGAGGUCGGCCAGGUGGGCGUCAUGGGCUUUGGCGCCGACGUCUUCACGGCGCACGAGCUGACGGACCCGUUUGCGGCGGACGCCGGGGCCCGUGUCCUCCAGAACUUUACCUUUUCGCAGAACAGGACCGACAUUGUGCUGCUGAUCCGCCAGACAAUUGACAAGUUCCGCAUCGCGCGGCAGCAGCAGUCCAACGGCGGCUUGUGGCAGCUGGCGCUCAUCAUCUCGGACGGCCUGGUCGAGUCGUCGACGCACGACGUGAUCCGUCGUCUGCUCCGCGAGGCCAUGGAGGAGCGCAUCAUGAUGGUGUUCAUUGUCAUGGAUGACCAGGUGCAAAAGGGCUCCAGCGUGCUGGACCUCGGGUCGGCCAAGUUCCAGGAUGGCGAGGUGGUGGUGACCAAGUACCUCGACACGUUCCCGUUCCCGUACUUUUUGAUUGUGCACAACCUGGAGGAGCUACCGAGCGCUCUGGCGGGUCUCUUGAGGAUGUGGUUCGCCGAGGUGGCGUCUUGAUUUUGAAUUUGGUCAGCAUGUAGAGAGGCGUUGGUUGAUUCUUGAUUUCGAUAAGCAACAUACUGCACGGCGUUUGGAGGGUAUAAAAGUUAGAUAUAUGAUAGCACUCGCUACACAUUGCACAUGAAGUCACUCAAUAGAUUGGCAGGUUUUAAAA